AUAUCCAUCUAAAUAAGCUGUUAGAUAUUGCAGUAGCCUUGGUGAAUACUGCAGCUCCCCUUGAUUAUGAUUUAAAAGUAUAAUGUUGGCUCCGAAACCAAUUAUUACGAAUCUUUGGAAAACCACUCUUUUUUUUGGUAACCAUCAUUUUCCUCGAGGUGGUUUUUGUCUUCUGGGUUUUUACUCGUUAAGAUUUUCUUGAAUACAAUUUUCUUGAAUAAAGAUGUCAACUUUGUUUGCAUCUUCUGAAUGAAUCUCAUCUCUUUCUUCUCAACAUAAAAUUAUGGAUUUGAGUUAAUUUCACAAGGAGAAACCAGGUUAUUUCAUCAAGAAAACACUACAUUGUCUUCUCUACCCUGUACCAAACUAAAGCACCAAACCUUUUGAUGCUAAAAACCUCCCUUGUAACUCUAUGAAUUCUCUUCUCCUCCUCAUUAAUUCCUAAAAACCCAUUCCUCCUCAUGGACUCAACCAACCCGAACCCACCUUCCGUGCGGGUCCUGACUCGUCCUCCCACUCCUGCACCCUCACCAGAUACUCAACCAUUAUCUUCCCAAUCGCAAACCCAAUUGUUUCCUCGCUCUCGAGAUGGCGUGAUAGUAGUUGGGUUCAUUUCGCAUAACCCUGAUCACUCUUCUCAGCUAAUUAACCGCGUACUUGACUCCAAUGUGUUCGGGUCGGGCCAUCUUGAUAAAUUGCUGUCUAUCGAUAAAGAGGAACUGAAAGAUUGGUUUAAGUGGAGGAGAAUCAGUUAUUAUCAUGAUGAGGAAAAAGGGUUUUUAUUCUUGCAGUUUUGUUCGAUCCGGUGCCCUGUUGUUCAUGGGUCUUCACGUUCGGGCUUGCUUCAGGAUCUUGACUCUGUUUUGGAAGAGAAUGAGUUUGAGGAUCUUCAAGGGUUGCUUUUUAUGUUCUCUGUCUGCCAUGUAAUUAUUUAUAUUCAAGAGGGGUUGCGCUUCGACCCUCAUAGUUUGAAAAAGUUUAGGGUGUUACAAGCGGCCAAGCAUGCUUUAGCUCCAUAUGUAAGAUCCAGAAGUACCCCACCAUUGCCAUCUAGGCCUCAUUCUUCAUCGGCUUCCUCUAAGCCAUCCCCUUCUACUAGUUCCUCUCCGGGUAGAGGUGGCGGGAUCAUGAGCCGGAAUGCUUCAGCUAUUUCUCUCAUGUCAGGUUUAGGUUCCUACACAUCACUGUUUCCGGGAAAUUGUACGCCAGUGAUACUGUUUGUCUUUGUUGAUGAUCUGUUUGAUAUGCCUAAUCCUAAUUCUAAUGUAGAGGAGUCAAAAGAUGUCCCCUCCCUUAAUCAGUCUUCUAGCAUGAGUAGCGUAGCUAGGCCAAACUUACCCACAAAAGGUUCUGGUUCAGUUGUUGUGCUAGCACGUCCUGUUAAUAAAUCUGAAGGUGGCUUCAGGAAGAAAUUGCAGUCAUCUCUCGAGGCACAGAUUCGUUUUCUUAUUAAGAAAUGCCGAACACUCUCCGGUUCUGAAAGUGGUCAUACUGGUUCUAGAAGUGGAGGUGUUUCAAAUUCUGCUCCUUUGUUUUCACUUGAUGCUUCAAGGGCGGUUGUGCUGCUUGACAGAUUACUAAAUCAGAAAGGUGAAUCUCUGGAGUUUGCUUCUGACCUUGUGGAAGAUAUUUUGAAUGGAAAAGCAACCUCAGAUUCUCUUUUACUUGAAAAUCAUAGCCAGAAUGCAAACAAGGAGGAAAUUGUAUCUGUAAAGGAGUUCAUUCACAGACAAUCUGAUAUUCUGAGAGGUAGAGGGGGACUGGUCACUAGCGCCAACACUGGCCCAGCUACUGGAGUGGGUAUGGUUGCUGUUGCUGCAGCUGCUGCUGCAGCCUCAGCUGCGUCUGGAAAGACAUUUACAACACCUGAACUUCCGAGUAUGGAAGUAUGGUUAUCGACCAGCCAAUUGAUUUUACAAGGAGUUCUCUCUGCAAAACGCGGGUGUAUAGAUGAACCUGAAGUUGGUAAGAGGAAAUCUCGCCAACGAAAUUCUGGUCCAAUCCAAGUUGAAGGGUUUGGUCCAAGAGGCAUGGAUCCUUUGGAUGUUGCAGUUUCUUUGCUAGAAAGUGGCAGAGGUCUGAAUACAAAAUUUUCAACUUUGUGGUGUGAAAGGACCCUUCCAACUGCCAAGGAUGUCUAUUUGAAGGACUUACCUGCUUGUUAUCCCACAUCACAGCAUGAGGCCCAUUUAGAAAAAGCUUUACAAGCUUUCCAUUCAUUGGUUAGGGGACCUGCAGUUCCCCUUUUCACAAAAAGGCUGGAGGAUGAAUGCACGUCCAUUUGGAAAUCUGGUAGGCAGCUAUGUGAUGCUGUUAGUUUGACGGGAAAACCGUGUAAGCACCAGAGACAUGAUGUUGGCAAUGCUGAGAAAGAGUUGCUAAAUGAAAGACCAGUGAAGCCGCAUUCAAGUGGGUAUUUUUUCCUUCAUGCUUGUGCCUGUGGCCGCUCACGUCAACUACGAUCAGAUCCUUUUGACUUUCAAUCAGCUAAUAUUAAUUCCAGUUGCUUUCAGGACUGUGAUAAACUGCUUCCUGCAGUUCAAUUACCUGAGCAAAGCAAUGUAGGACCUGUCCAGUCAUCUUCAUGGAGUUUGAUCCGUGUUGGGGGGGCAAGAUAUUAUGAACCUGCUAAGGGUUUACUUCAGAGUGGGUUCUCUGCCUCACAGAAGUUUCUCUUGAAAUGGACAAUAGUUUUGGAGAAACCAGUGAGCCCAAAUGGUUUACCAGCCAAAACCAUGAGACAAGGUUCUGUAAUUAGACAAGGUAUUGACUCACUGGCUGAAAUUGAUGCUAAGGUGGAUGGAAAGAGAACUGGUGCCACAAGGUUGAACUUAGAAGAUAUACAGGGUGGGGUUGAAAAUCAAGGAAAGCUGUUAGAAAAUGGAAAAAUUGGUGACAAAAAGAAUAGUUUUGGUAGAGGUAUUCCUAACUUCACAAUGAGAAAACCUUUUUCUGAGGUUGUUGCUGGAUCAUCAACUAAUGAUUCAGGAUUCCCUCCUCUCCAGCAGAGAAAACACCCUUCAUCAGGUACAGAGAGAGGUGUAAAAACAAAUAGGGCAAGAGAUAGGAAUGCAGAACAUGUUCAUACAACAGUUGAUCAAGGAUCCAAAAAAUACAUAGAUACUAUAUCUGGUCAAGAAACCUUAAAUAGAAUAUCCAUCAGUGGUGAAAUAGAUGGUGAUCCUUGUAUACAGAGAGGAACUAAUGUAGUUCCUAUGAGCAUUAACGGCGGUGAAAUGGUUAAACUGAACCCUGCUUUGAAACAUGAACUAGUUUAUGUUGGUUUUGAGCAUGAGUGCCCCCGUGGCCACCGUUUCUUAUUAAGUCCAGACCACCUCAAUGAAAUAGGAGCUCCAUAUUCUUUACCUGAAGUUUCUCAAGUCCCUUCUGUGGAAACUUCAAACUAUAAUUUUGCAGAUGCUCCAUACUUGGGCAAGAAUGGUGUUCAUGCUAAAAUGCAUCGAAGCUCAAAGGGGGCAACAGUUACUGCUGCAAAUAAAGUCAGGAAUGUGGAUAAGCAAAAAGAGACGGGGGCAAAUGGUGCUCUACAUGUUGAUAGAUUGAUACAGUUCCCCAAUGCAGGAAAGGAACAUAAUCACUCAAUUAUUAGUGAACAAAAGCACCUAGAUUUUGUGAAAAAUCUUGAACUGGACUUUCAUUCUAUUAGCCUUGAUGAUGGUGGAAGUGCUUUCUCCAUGUUGAACAGAAACUUACCAAUAUAUCUGAACUGUCCAUACUGCAAGCGCAGUAAGAAUAAGAAGGAUUCGCAAAAGACUAAGUUUGCUGGUACAAUAUCACAGUUACUAAGGAUUUUUUUGGUCACGCCCCCGUCUCCAAUUGUAUUAGCAACAUGCCCAGUUGUACAAUUUGAGGCAUCAUGCUUGCCGCUGUCAGUUGCAGACCGUGAACAAAAGUUGCAGUUCAGCCUUGGAUGCCGUGUGAUCCUACCACCUGAAAGUUUUCUUGCACUUAGACUCCCUUUCGUGUAUGGUGUGCAAUUAGAGAACAGGAGUCCUCUUCCUCUUAAUGCUUUUGAACACCAACCAGAAAUGACAGCUUGGAUUGUGAAAGGCACAACACUGCAAGUCAUUUCCAAGGGAAGCAGUCUGAAGGAGGAAAUCCAUACAUAAUCAUCUCAGUUGUCCAUGCCUUUGUUGAUUUCAUGGAAGUAAAUUUUCUGUGGCUGGCCUUGACUCGACCAAGCUCAAGAAUUGAAUGGAUUGUGCUAUAUUUAGUGAUUCAUAAGCUGCAGGCUGAAAGCGCAGAAGUUGAGAGUGCUCUGCAAUUGUCAAGUAUCUUCUCUAAUGGUGGCUGGCACUUUCGAGUGGAUAUUCCUGUUGCAAUGCUAUGCCUCUCUAUCUGUGCUUGGACUCUGAUGUUUCAUGCUGAUGAACAACUAGAUGAAUAUAUUUUCUUAGAAUGAUGUCUGUCUUGUGAAUGACUUAACAGAGUGGUUCAGAAAUUCUCUGUAGUAAAACUUUUGAGAUGCUAGUUACCACUUUGGUAGUCCAGGAGUAAAAACAAUUCCAAUUAGGCUUUUUAAUAGCAGUUCAAUUAACAAUUGUCCAAUCAUUUGUUUCAGGUGAUGAACGUACAUCACGAGAUUUGAUGCCGUAUGCCAAGUGUUGGCAGCAUAUGUUUGUGGGACAGUCUACUGAUCAAUUUUAAUUACUCCAGGAUGCUCAGGAAUGAAUGGUGAGGCAACUUUCUUGAUGAAAAUAGAAUUGAUAGCAACCACAGGAGCAAAAACGAAUACAUGAGCAGUUUGAGAUGGAAACUUCUUCUUUUAGGAAGCCUAAUGAAGUAAGUCUCCAUCUUCUGAAGCUCUAUUAAACCAAUCUUGGGCAAUGAAUAAUUGCUGUGGUUGUUUGUGACGUUAGAUUGCCCUGUGCUUGUAUGGAUGACAUAAAGAUAUGAUAAGGUAGUUGUUCGAUUGGGUUGCACUAUUUUGAUUUUUGUGUUAGCAGUGACUCAAUAUGCUAAACAACAUUUAAGUUUUUGUCAUUAAUUAGUGCAUGAGACGGGUUUAAUUUAA